AUGAGUUUGGGCUUAGUUCUAAGAAUACACAAGUAUGUUCCAGCUAAACGACCUAAAGUCGCCAACCAAUCACAGGCGGAACUUUUACCUUACCAACCCGAUGGCAUCGACACGUCAUCGAGACGGCGACGGGCGGCGCGGCGUCGGCGCGCGUGCCGCGACGUAAAGAAGCCAAUUGCAACCCGCAUCGGUAGCGAAACACGGGGGUCACACUCUGGGUCUCAUAUGCGCAGCGGUCAGCCGGUGCACUGCACGUACAAUAACGCGUUCAGAAUGCUGCUGGGUCUGCCACGGUUCUGCAGUGCUUCCGAUAUGUUCGCGGAGACGGCAACGGACGGUUUCCACGCGAUCCUGCGCAAGCGUACUGCGUCGCUGCUGAGCUGCGUAGAUCAUCUAACAGCAUCCUGA